AUGGAACCGGAGCCGUCCAUUGCCACUCUCCUCGAGGCUGUCACAGCCCUCACAGCCACAGUUGGGUCCCUCCAGGACCAAAUCAGAUCACAAGGCCAGCAGCUCACUGAGCUUAAGGCCAUAUGCAAGGAGACCGCCGACCUACUUGGCGACAAGGACCAAGGAACCCAAGCUCAGCCUGGCCCAUUGGCUGGGCCUGUCACUCCCCCCACUCAUACAGGGGAGAAGCGCACACUCCAGGAACGAGGAACGGGCUUUGAUUCAGAAGAGGAGGAAGAACCCAGGCAAGCCCCCAAAAAAGAGCCUUGCGACACGCCUAAACGGAGCCUCAGCUCCCUUACCCCAUUCAACGCAGGGUCCAGCGUAAAACAACCCAAAAUGGAGCUCCCUGACCCUUACAAAGGAGACUCUAGGGGAAAGAAGGCAACCCAGUGGCUAGACCGCAUGCUACUGUGGGUCGCGCUUCAUUGA